GGGGGGGGCUCCUAGACUGCACGAUGAUCAAAGUCUCCCAGGGACCUGGCUCCCUUCCCUGCAGCCUGUUCCUUACCGACAGCAGGAGCAGAGCCCCAAGGUUAGGCAAACACGGCAGAGAUAAGGGACUUCCAGACUGGGUCAUGCAUUCAAGGCUUUGGCCGGCUCUCUCCGGCUGGCUCUUUGGCUCAGUGAGAACCCUGGUCUUGCAUGCAUGAAAGUGGGCGCCAAUAGAAACAGCAGUCACAGCCACUGGCUGGUUGAGCGCCUGAGACCUUGGUGCCCUGGUACAGCCUAGGUUAAUGACCUUGUUUAUACACUUGAGUCAUCCGAUAAAGGGCAUCCAGGCAGCGGGCAGGUGGCCCUGUGCCCUGCAAUGGCCACUUCAUUGACUAAAGCGAUAGCAACGCCACGUGGAGCUCCAGCGCCCCUCCCCCACCGUUUCCUCCGCAGUCCUGCCAGGGUCAGUGCGUGUGUGCAUUGUGUGUGUAUGUGGUUUUUUUUUUUUUUUCAAUGAACAUGACUUCUGGAGUCAAGGUUGCUUGGCCGUUCCCCCUCCCGCCCAUCGAGGAUAUAAAUAGCACCCACAAUACAGAGAGCCAGAUAGCUGGGAAGAAACAGGAACAAGACACCAACCAUGAACUCCAGCCAGUCUGGGGACUGCCCCUGCGAGGGCUCUGCAGGCCGCCCAGCUAUUCUGUACGCACUUCUGAACCCCAGCCUCAGGGCCAGGCCCAUGGCAUCCGCGUCCCGAAGUCACUGCCUCUGCCAGCAGCACCGACCCGUGCGUCUGUGUGCGCCACAUCGCACCUGCCGCGAGGCCUUGGACGUCUUAGCCAAGACGGUAGCAUUCCUCAGGAACCUGCCAUCCUUCUGCCGCCUGCCCCAUGAGGACCAGCGGCGGCUGCUGGGGGUCUGCUGGAGCCCUCUCUUCCUGCUCGGGUUGGCCCAAGAUACUGUGACCUUCGAGGUGGCCGAGGCUCCGGUGCCCAGUAUACUUAAAAAAAUCUUACUGGAGAAGCCCAGCAGUGGUACCCGGGAUGCCCAGCCACCAGACCGGCCACAACCCUCGCUGGCUGCUGUACGGUGGCUCCAGCGCUGUCUGGAGUCUUUCUGGAGCCUGGAGCUGGGUCCCAAGGAGUAUGCCUACUUGAAAGGAACCAUCCUCUUCAACCCAGAUGUGCCGGGCCUCCAUGCCACCUGCCACAUCGCACAUCUGCAGCAGGAGGCUCACUGGGCCUUGUGUGAGGUCCUGGAGCCCUGGUACCCGGCUAGCCAAGGCCGCCUGGCCCGAAUCCUCCUCAUGGCCUCCACCCUCAAGAACAUUCCAUGUAGCCUUCUGGUAGACCUCUUCUUCCGCCCUAUCAUCGGAGAUGUUGACAUCGCUGAACUGCUCGAAGACAUGCUUUUGCUGAGGUGACCUGCAGAAUGAGGUCCAGUGCUUCCAAAGGGGAGCCUGAAAGGCCCCACUCAACGCCCCAGGAGCAGCCCUCACCUCAGCCACACCCCCAGCUUGGACUUCCUUGGUUUGAACACAGUGUGCUACUAACUGCCUAAUAGGCCCUUGGUGGCCCCCAAAGCCUCUGGGCCAGGGCCAGGGAGGGAGCAUGAAUGAGGCUGUAUAUCAGACCAGAAUUCCUCCUGACUUUGUAUAAAACUAAAUUAAGUUAUUGGUUUUUGUAAUAAAAGGUAUGACUUGCUGAUA